UGCAUGCACGAGUAGCUUGUCAGAAAGUAGUCCCUGCUUCAAGGGAUGCCUCUGGACAUAGGGCAGCUAAGGCGCACUAUAAAAGCCAGCCCAUCUCCGUGCUCUCUCAUCCACUUCUCUGGCCUUCUUCUCCUUGGGAACAAGGUGCAGGUCCUGCCCCCAGACAUGUCCUGCUACGACCAGUGCCGGCCAUGCCAGCCCUGCGGCCCGACCCCGCUGGCCAGCAGCUGCAAUGAGCCCUGCGUCAGGCAGUGCCAGAACUCCACCAUUGUCAUCCAGCCCUCUCCUGUGGUGGUGACCCUGCCCGGCCCCAUCCUCAGCUCCUUCCCGCAGAACACUGCUGUGGGAUCCUCCACCUCCGCCGCCGUUGGCAGCAUCCUCAGCUGUGACGGAGUCCCCAUCAACUCCGGGUGCUGUGACCUCUCCUGUAUUACCAGCCGCUACUGUGGCAGCAGGUGCCGCCCCUGCUAAAGAUGCCAGACAGUGCCCCAGACCAGGACCUCAGGAACUCAGAACAUGCUGCUGGACAAAAAUGAAUGGAAGAACAGACCUCGUGCUGUUGUUCUAAGAGGACCUGACCAUCUCUGGCUUGUCCUGUAAAGACAGACAGGAAGGGGCCAGCCUGGAUUCUAUGACUACAUGGCCGAUGUAUACCUAUCCUGUUUUCCACACACUCUUUUUCUUUCUUUUCUUUGUUGCCCUCUGCUUUCCGUGAGGCCCCCAGAAACCAGCCUGGAGUGACCUGCUACCCCUCUCCCCUUAUGGGCCAGGUCGAUUGAUGCCCUGUUGCAAGUCUGCCAUUGGAAAAGCCGAACAG